AUUCAUCUCACCCUUGCCGUCACCGUCUUCACACCAUAGCAUGUCGCUCUUCGACUGCCUCCCAUCUCUGACCGCCCUGCUGGGCGAAUUACCCUCGUCUUCCUCCUCUUCUCACCUCGCCUUCCCUACCGAGGUAGACCUCCUCUGCCUCGGCUCAGGCUGGACUGGCUCCUUCGUCCUCCCCCAUGCUGCCGAAGCCGGCCUGCGCUGCAUUUCCACCACUCGUGCGGGGGGAAAUGGUACCAUCCCAUGGACCUUUGAUCCAGAAAGCGACGAUGCAGAGGCGUACAAGAUCUUGCCGGAUGCAAAGACGGUCCUCAUCAUCUUUCCAUUCUACGAUGAGAAGGCAGUCGAGCGUUUGAUCAGGGGCUAUUUGACCAGUAGGGUUGAGAAGCAAGCGCAGCAAACGGUGGACGAGAAACCGAGGCUGAGGAGUAUCGAGGAUUUAGACACCAAAUUCAUCUUGCUUGGCAGUACGGGCGUCUACGACAAUGGACCAACCUUUACCGAGGAGACGGCUACGGACUCGUCCCACAAGAAGAAGAAGAAGCAUCACCACGACCACAAGCCAAAGCCUCGUCCUUCGCCCUGGACGGACAAUUCCUCGGAAGUGAUGCCUCUCCCUCGAGCCUUGGCAGAGAACGAGCUACUGUCCUACUCUUGCCCCUCGAACAAGAUCCGCUCGAAGCCCAUCGGCACGACGGUUCUCCUUCUCUGUGGCCUCUGGGGUCACGGACGCUCCGUCAGGAACUACAUGUCUCGCUUGCCCGACAACAAGGAUGCGUACAGGGGCUUGGCAAGUGUGCAUUUGAUUCAUGGGAGGGACGUGGCUAGGGGAAUCGUUGCUGCGCAUGGAGGCAUCGAAAAGGCAGUGGACAAGAGGUGGAUCCUGACCAAUGGCAGGAUCUACGACAUCUGGGAUCUCGCAGCGCAAUUCGGCACAGCAGGCGAAGCGGGCAGGGAUCACGCUCCUCAAGGACCGGCUCCUAGGAUCGUCCGCGAGCUUCUGAGCGAGCCCGGCAGUCCAGCCAGGGCACUCCCUCGCAGCGCCGAGGUGAUGUUCGAGAUGAGUGGGGGAAAGAGUAAAGCGCUCGAUGGAAGGCAGUUUUGGGACACAUUCGGCCUUGAGCCCGAAGUGGGGGCAAAGGUGUACACACAGCGAUACUUCGAAUGCAUCUCACUCGACUCUGCCCUCGCCCUCUACGCAGUCCCUCAGAAAUUCCCACUCGUCGCCGGCUCCUUCGCCCUUUCCAACUGUCACCUCUCGGAGAUCAUUACAGCCUCGAGAGGAGCGAUGGCGACUCAUGAGAGAUCAUCUGUCCAGGCACAGUGGAGGGAGGACCGAGGGAAGCUCCGCGAAGAGGUCGUCGAUACGUGGUGGCCGAUCGUCACAUCCUCUUCGCCCGAGCUGGAGCCCAAGGAGCUAAUCGAAGCACCACGCUCGCUGCUGGGCCGCUUGCCGGAAGAGCUGGAAUGCGAGGCCGAGUGCGAAGCCGAGGCUGAGCCAGAGGUGCGGUCUAGGCUGGCUGAGGUGGGUGAAGAGGCAAAAUAGUAGGGAUUGUUGUAUGUUGAGAUCAUCUUGGAAUACAAUGUGGGUAU